AUGGCAUUAGGAACAGAUAUGCACGACAACGCGUCAUGCCACACCCAAGGGCCGCCCGCGCCACACCCAAGGGCCGCCCGCGCCACACCCAAGGGCCGCCCGCGCCACACCCAAGGGCCGCCCCCGCCACACCCAAGGGCCGCCCACGCCACACCCAAGGGCCGCCCACGCCACACCCAAGGGCCGCCCGCGCCACACCCAAGGGCCGCCCGCGCCACACCCAAGGGCCGCCCGCGCCACACCCAAGGGCCGCCCGCGCCACACCCAAGGGCCGCCCGCGCCACACCCAAGGGCCGCCCGCGCCACACCCAAGGGCCGCCCGCGCCACACCCAAGGGCCGCCCGCGCCACACCCAAGGGCCGCCCGCGCCACACCCAAGGGCCGCCCACGCCACACCCAAGGGCCGCCCGCGCCACACCCAAGGGCCGCCCGCGCCACACCCAAGGGCCGCCCGCGCCACACCCAAGGGCCGCCCACGCCACACCCAAGGGCCGCCCGCGCCACACCCAAGGGCCGCCCGCGCCACACCCAAGGGCCGCCCACGCCACACCCAAGGGCCGCCCACGCCACACCCAAGGGCCGCCCGCGCCACACCCAAGGGCCGCCCGCGCCACACCCAAGGGCCGCCCACGCCACACCCAAGGGCCGCCCGCGCCACACCCAAGGGCCGCCCGCGCCACACCCAAGGGCCGCCCGCGCCACACCCAAGGGCCGCCCGCGCCACACCCAAGGGCCGCCCGCGCCACACCCAAGGGCCGCCCGCGCCACACCCUGUGA